UAUCACCAUAUUAUUUCAUCUGUGUUUUGCAGGGCGUCAGAAAACAAUGCUGGUUAUGUGAACGUGACUGGAAGUAAGAUAAUGAUCAAGCCGUCAGGAAGAGUACGUUGGAUGGUGCCACUAAUGAUAAAAUCUUCAUGCUCUGUAGAUGUUACCUAUUUUCCGUACGAUAGUCAACAAUGUACAGUGCGCUUCGGGUCAUGGGUUUACGAUGGAGAGCAACUAAACCUCUUUAACGAACCCAGUAAGCCGGAUCUAUCAAAAUACGUUGAGAACAGUGAAUUUGUUCUGCUGAACGUCAGUCUUUCUCGCGUUGCAGCCGACAGUGAUUGUUGUCCUGGUGACGGAUGGCACCCCAUGAUUCAUUUCACAAUUGAGAUCGACCGGAAGUCUUUGUACUAUGAUUAUAUUGUCAUCGCACCAACUCUGAUGUUGUGUGUGAUGACUUUAGCUUCAUUCCUGCUUCCUUGUCAUUGUGGAGAAAAAAUUGCCAUAGGACUUACUGUUUUUCUUACGCUUUAUGUACUCGAAUUACUUGUCGCUGAGAACACACCUGAUUCUAAUGCAACACCUAUCCUAGAAACGCCAUUAGAAAAGCAGAAAUCUUUGGUAAACUACCCUUACAAAGAGGAAAAAUUUGUAAAG